AUGAAAAUUCUACGCACGCCUGACGAACGUUUUGAAGGACUGAUGGAUUACCCGUUUGCACCUCACUACACAACCAUAAAAACUCACGACGGCAGCGAUCUGCGCAUUCACCACCUCGAUGAAGGUCCCACUAACGGCCCCCUUGUUUUGUGUAUGCACGGUCAGCCGGUCUGGAGCUAUCUAUAUCGGCAUGUCAUUCCCCAUCUGACCGCAGCCGGCCUACGGGUAAUCGCUCCGGAUCUGGUCGGAUACGGUAAGUCUGACAAGCCUGCGGCACGGGAGGAUUACAGCUAUGAACGCCAGGUUGAGUGGAUGGGCAAGUGGCUGGAGGCCAACAAUUUUUCGGGCAUUACUUUCUUUGGUCAGGACUGGGGUGGUCUUGUCGGGCUGCGUCUGGUGGCCAACCAUCCCGAGAGGUUCGAACGUGUCGUGAUCUCCAAUACCGGACUACCUUAUAACCCCGACGUACCCGCUGAGGUAGUCAAAGAAAUUGAAGACUUUCGGGCCAACCAACCGACACCGAGCCUGAUAGAAAUGCAAAAAGCAUUAAGCAGCAUGGGCAGUGGUGAACAUCCGGCGCGCAAAUUUGCCUACUGGCAGAAAUGGUGUUGGGAAACCGAAGAUUUACCUGUGGGCUUCAUGAUGUCCAUGAUGCUGCAACCGCCGGCAAAACCAGUGCAGGCGCUGAAAUUCCUGCUGAAUAAAAUGGGGAUCACGUCACCCCUGCCUACCCCCCUGGCCAAGGCAUACGAAGCGCCGUUUCCGGACCCGAGUUACAAAAUGGGGCCUCGGGCCAUGCCAAGCCAGGUGCCAACCUUACCCACGUCUCCAUCUCUGGAAGAACAACGUAAAGCCUGGGCAUUUUUUGAGUCGUUUGAUAAACCUUUCCUCUGCGCAUUUGCCGACAACGACCCGGUCACCCGCGGUGGGGAUGCUCAAUUCAGGGAAAAAGUGCCAGGGACCAAAGGUUUACCGCAUACAACCAUCAAAGGCGGGGGUCACUUCGUCCAGGAGGGCGCGCCAGAACAGGUUGCGCAGGUGAUCGUCGACCUGAUUCGAUCCACGUCUUAUUGGUACACCUCUUUUCGCGGACCACUUUCUGAAGCGGAAAUUGAGCAGUACAUGGCUUACUUCCAGCGCGAGGGCGCGGAUGCAACACCGGAACGCCUGGCAAACCUGCAUCGGUUUAUGCAGGAAGAUACCGGUGACGAUUUUGUCAUGGUCAAUGUGAUCGACAUGUAUGAUCAACCGCUGGCGCUUGCCGGUGUGGAAGCCACCGAUUCCAGUGACGAUGUGCUGAACAAAUACAUGCAGUAUAUGUAUCCGGAACUGCUUGUCCGAGCAUCACAUCCGGUGCUGUUCGGCGAUGCUGCUGGUAGUGCAUUGGAUUUAAUGAAUGCACCCGGCAUGCACAAAUGGACUCGUGGCGCAGGUAUGCGCUAUCGCAGCAGAAGAGACAUGUUGGAAAUAUCGACCAAUCCUGAAUUUUCCGGCGCCCAUGAGUUCAAGAUUGCCGCCAUGGCGAAAACCAUCGCCUUUCCCAUCGACCCCUGGUGGCAACUUGGUGAUCCGCGUCUGAUUCUCGGCUUAAUUCUGGCACUAAUCGCCAGCACCCUCAGUUGGUGGUCGACGGUAAGACGCCAGCACUAA